AUAGUAAAGAGACAAAUGAGGGGAAGGCAUUCUUCUGAGGUAGACAAAAAAGUCCAUAGAGAAUUCGUUCAUUGGUUUUCCAAUCGUAUUGGCAACAAUCUUGACAGUCUUAGCGGACCAGAUAAAGAUGUUCUUAUUAGUCUAGCACAAGGUCCUCUGGACCAAGCUAGAAGGUUUACUGCUUACAAUGUUAAUGGAUUCAAAUUUCGGACCUUGGCACGAGACAAGUUAUUGAAAACACAAAACAGUGGAGUUUUUGGCUCAUUUGGAACAAGAAGUUACUCAAGCAGUAGUGAUGACCAUAUGAGGUUUGGAGACGUGCCUUACUAUGGCAGAUUAAUAGAUAUCGUUGAGCUUUUCUAUUGCGGCUUUUCGAUUGUCAUGUUCAAAUGUGAAUGGGCUAAUACAACUAACCCAAGAGGCAUGAAGAAAGAUAAAUUGGGUUUUACUUCUAUUAACUUCGCAAGCUUAAGACAUACUGGAGAACACGAAGAUGAUGAACCAUACAUCAAAGCUUCUGAAGCUCUAAUGGUCUUUUAUGUCGAUGAUGAGAAGGAACAAGGUUGGAGCAUACCAGUUCAUUUGAAGCCAAGAGACUUGUACGACAUGGGUGAAGAUGAAAGUGAAAUAAUGGCAUCCAAUGAGACAUAUCCAUCACAAAACUUGGAAGAACUCUUUCAAGAUGAUAACACACAUAUCCCUUUAGCAAGAGUUGUAAUAGACGAGGAUCCUGAAAGUUCAGCCAUCAAUCAUCACUCUGAUGAUGAUAAUAAUGAUAUGUUAAUUUGAAUAGUGUUUUAUAUAGUUUAUUGAAUUGUAUUUGUUAUGAUUUUGAGACUUCAUUGUAAUUUCCUUUUAUUUGUAAUGUGUAAGACUUUAUUGUUUUUGUUUUAUAUAUGUAUUCGUUUUUACUACAUAUGUAUUUUUUUUAGACUUUAUUGUAUUUGCUUUGAUAUAUAUUUAUGUUUAAAUGCAUAUAUUAUGUUAGAUUUUAUUGUAUUUAUGUUUAAAGGCAUAUAUUUUAAAACAUACUAACUUUUUUAAUUACAUUUUUGAUAUUUUAAAGAGAUGGAGAAGACAUGGAGCGAUUUGACACCGUAUGAGGUGGAAAGACAGAGAACAAUAGCAGCAAAUAACAAGAAGUUGGAAGCUCUAAAUAUUCCUCGUCUAUCGCAAUCCAUCCAAAAAUCGUCUUCUACUAAGAAGGACAAAAUGAGAUUUGUAAGACCCGGAGAUCUUCAAGUAGCAGCCAACAAUAAACGCUUGCGUUCUCAUGAUAUACCAAAACCACCUCCACCGGUGAUAAUACCAUCAUCAUCAGCUUCACAAGAUGCACCACCAUCAUCACCUACACAUGAUGCAACAUCACAUAGGUUAACCAAAAAAGGAAGACCUAAACGUUCUCAACCUCCACAUUUCCAAUUUCAACCUCAAUAUCAACAUCAACCAUCUCCACCUUCAUCUCCACCUCAACACCAACCAUCUCCACCUCCACCUCAACACCAACCACCUCCACCUCCACCUCAACACCAACCAUCUCCACCUCAACCACAACAUCAAUCAUCAGAACCGGAACAUGAAGUUGUACUUGAACGUCUAUCUCAACCACGACAACCUCUACCUCCACCACCUCCACGUAAUCAUGCACAUUGGAUUGUGGAUGUUAUUGAUGAUGAUGGUAAUGUUAGACAAAAAAGUGUAGAAGUGAACGACUUAAUCCCGAACAAAGUGGGAUUUAAGGUGCAAACAAUCUGGAAUGAUGACCAUCAGCCCAUAGGAGAGGCAGGUGGACUGUUAUCAGGAUAUAUUGGCUUUCUUGCUAGUAGUGAUGAAUUGCUUCCUAUAAUGUAUCCAAAAUGGCCCAAAGUUCCGUUGGCAAAGAAAGACUUAAUUUAUGAUAACAACAUAAAGGCUAAAUUUGUUGUAAGUGAUACAAACAAGUUUCAUAAGAAGUGGAUUUAUACAAGCUUGGGAAAGAGGUGGAGGGAACGUCGGUGCUUUCUAUUCAAUAAGUAUUAUGAUUGGGCUCUUACUGUUGAACAAAACAUAGAGCAAUUUCCACCUGAAGUUACAAAAGAUCAUUGGGCCAUGUAUUUGAAUUAUAGAUUGUCUCCGGAUACUAUGGCGAAAGCAGACAAAAAUGCUCUAAAUCGCCAAAAGCAACGUAUUCCCCAUACGUUAGGCACAAGGUCACUAGCAAGAACACGAGAUAUUAUGGAACAAAGAGAUGGACGGUCUUACAGUAGAGGAGACAUGUAUGAAAUCUCUCACACGAAGAGGAACGGAUCAUAUGUUAAUGAUGAGGCUCGACAAAAAAAUGAAGAGUUACAAAAAGAAAGGCAGACAUCAUCUGAUAAUGAGGCUUUUGUGACCGUGUUUGGAAAAGAGCAUCAUGGUUAUGUUCGAGGAAUGGGACUUGGUCCAACACCAUCUCAAAAUAAUGGUUCUAGUUCUCGUCCUUCAGUAUCAACUUCUUCAUCGACUGCUGAUGCCAAAAUAGCUAAGAUGCAAAGCGAAAUUGAUGUGCUAACUAAAGAAGUUGCUGAAGUUAAUGAGCUUAAAGCUAAAGUUGCUGAAUUUGAUGCAAUGAAGGAACAAUUUGCUCUUAUUAUGGCUAAUAUGCAAAACCAGGGGUAUAACAUAGGAUCGCCGUUUGAAGUACGACGCUCUUUUGAGUCUAGUCAUAAUGUUGAGGGUAAUCAAGCAACUCCAGACGAUUCAACUUAGAUAUAUAAUUUUUGUUUAGGCGUGUUGAACUUGAUGUCACGCUUUUCUAUUUGUUUUAAUUUUGAUGUACUAGGCGCAUGUGUUGUGACCUUCGUUUUUGUUUUUUGUUAUGUACUAUUUAGGUUGCAUGUGUCAAUGCAAACUUUAGAUGUAUUGCGCAUGUAUUGUGACCUUUAGUUCCAUGUGUCGUUGUGAACACCUUAUUUUUGAAUCAAAUGAAUGUUAUUUUGUUUA